CUACUCCACCUCUUCCACCAUCGCAACAAAAACCAACACCGACGCUCCCACUGGUACAAACACAUGAACACCUUCCGUCGCCAACUGCAAUCUCUGCUCUCAGAUCUCAAAACCCUGAACAGCGUCCCAUCAACCCACACCUCCGCACGUUUGGAAUUUUGGCGCGAGGUUAUGGUUUCGAAGUGGCAGUUUGCGUUUAGUCAGGUUGUGGCGGAUGGAAGGUUUAGUGUUUUGGGAGUUUUCUUGUAUUCGUGUUUGGCGGAGGUGGGGAAGUUGGUUGGGAUGACGGGGAUGUUGGAAGAGUUG